GCUGACACACGAUGCAUUCGUUACUAUGGCGUUCAGAGAUAAAGUCGUCCUAGUCACCGGAGGCAGCUCCGGUAUCGGCAAAGCCAUAGCCAUACAUUUCUCUAAGGAAAAUGCUAAAGUAGUCAUCAUUGGUCGUACUAAAGCGACUAUAGAUGCAGUGAAGAAUAUUUGUACGGCGAACAGUGGGAAUGAAGCUAUGGGGAUACAAGGGGAUGUCAGCAAGGAUGCUGAUGUUGAAAUGAUUGUCAAUAAAGUCACUGAAACACACGGACGGCUGGAUGUACUAGUGAACAAUGCCGGGGUGUUUAUCUCUGAUGACAUCUUUACGGCCACUAUGGAAAAUUUCGACGCGCAUGUAAAUACGAAUCUGAGAGGGACUUUUAACCUGACAAGACAAUUUGUUCCACUGCUUAUCAAGUCACAAGGUAAUGUCAUCAACAUAUCCGGGGUGGAAGCGGUCAAGUACGUGGAAGGUCUGCUGACUGAGAGCCUGUCAAAGGCGGCGAUACAGCAUUUGACGAAGUAUGUCGCUUACGAACUGGGGCCGAAGAAAGUUCGCUCUAACUCUGUAGCCCUAGGCUAUGUCACGGGCACGAAGAUUAUAGAAAGAGCGAAUAUAGAUCCCGAGGAGUUCGGUCGAGAGAUUCUCCCAAGCGUGCCCCUAGGAGAGUUCAUCAAACCAGAGGACGUGGCGAAGACAGUAGCUUUCAUUGCUAGCGAUGCUGCCAGACAUAUCACUGGACAGAACAUAGUUGUGGAUGGUGGCUUUUCCUGCCAUUAGUGACGAAGGUGCAUGAUCAUCUUAUUAUGGCUCCUCUACACGAUGGCCCUGCGCUGGACCAGUGAGAUGGCCCUGUGAUGGUGAUGGCUCCACUACAGGAUGGCCCAGCGUUAGAUCAGCGAGAUGGCUAUGCGAUGGUUGAAAUGCGUUUCAAACAGUUAGGGCCUACCCGAUAUAGUUCUGGAAUAGACGUGGGCUAGUAUGCUGCCCCAUCGUGUAGAGGAGCCAUUAACCAUAUUAUUUUUGCGUAACCAUGGUAUAAUAAUAUACUCCGCCUGGUACUCUAUUCCCGUCUUUUCUAGGUCACCUAACUGACACAAGCCUACGUCAUCAUGCGACAGCGCUAUAUGAUAAUAUGCGAUAGCGCUAUAUAUAGCGGCCAUGUUAUUGUGACGUAGGCUUGUGUCACUCUGGGAAUAGAAGACCAUGUGCGUAAUCAUACUUUCGCACGACUUUAUUGUUUGUAAAUUGAUUGUGACAUUUGUGACUGUACGAAAAAGCGUAGAAGCGGUUAUACUUUUCAUAACAUUGAGAUUUUUAUGAACUUAUUGUUAAAUAAAAGAGGGAAAAAAUA